AUGGCUGUGCCAUCAAAUGCAACAAAUAAUCAGCACAUUUACCAGGCCAUGAAAUCGAAUAACGUCGGCACAGCAUAUAUUGGUUUCUAUAGGGUGUCCAAUGGUCUAGAAACUAACAAGUUUUACACCGUACGCGGCGUCGAGGCAUCCUACACAAAUUGGUUGGCAGGGGAGCCAAAUAAUUCUGGCGCAAAGGAAGAUUGUGUCGAGCUGGUGUACAAAUCACCUUUUUGGAAAAAUGGCGGUGAUGUUGGUGGACAAUGGAAUGAUCUUCCAUGUAAAGGCUACCCUCGUCAUUACGUCUGUGAAACGAGCUUCCAAAGAUACGACAACUAG